AGCAGCUGGCGUGACGUCACGCAGCACGUCUGAUGAUCAUCAUCGCAGAGGUGAAGUGAUCUCUGAAGACAUCGAGGACGACGUGUAAUAUCCAGUGGGAUUUAAUUCUGAGCCGUGUGUGACUUCCCGUGGCCUGCAGCAUCAUGGGGGAGUUGUUCCGCAGUGAGGAGAUGACUCUGGCCCAGCUCUUCCUCCAGUCUGAAGCGGCCUAUUGCUGCGUCAGUGAACUGGGAGAGCUGGGAAUGGUCCAGUUCAGAGAUCUCAACCCUGAUGUGAACGUGUUUCAGAGGAAGUUUGUGAAUGAAGUGAGACGUUGUGAAGAGAUGGAUAGGAAGCUCAGGUUUGUAGAGAAGGAGAUUAAGAAAGCCAACAUUCCAACUAUGGACACUGGUGAGAAUCCUGAAGUCCCAUUCCCACGAGACAUGAUUGACCUUGAGGCAACCUUUGAGAAACUGGAGAAUGAGCUGAAGGAGAUCAACACUAAUCAAGAGGCCCUGAAGAAGAACUUUCUAGAGCUGACGGAACUCAAGCAUAUCCUCAGACGUACCCAGCAGUUCUUUGAUGAGAUGGAGGAUCCUAACUUGUUGGAAGAAUCGUCAUCCCUGUUGGACCCCAGUGAGGCUGGCCGAGGUGCCCCACUGCGCCUGGGGUUUGUGGCUGGGGUUAUAAGCCGUGAGAGAAUCCCCACGUUUGAAAGGAUGCUGUGGAGAGUCUGCCGUGGGAAUGUCUUUUUACGUCAGGCAGAGAUUGAGGACCCUCUUGAGGACCCCACAACAGGAGAUCAGGUGCACAAAUCCGUGUUUAUCAUCUUCUUCCAAGGAGACCAGCUGAAGAACAGAGUGAAGAAGAUCUGUGAGGGGUUCCGUGCAUCUUUGUACCCGUGCCCUGAGACCCCUCAGGAGAGGAAAGAAAUGGCAGCGGGUGUCAACACCCGCAUUGAUGACCUCCAGAUGGUACUGAAUCAAACUGAAGACCACCGGCAGAGGGUUUUGCAGGCUGCUGCGAAAACCAUACGUGUAUGGUUCAUCAAAGUGAGGAAGAUGAAGGCCAUUUAUCACACUUUGAACCUCUGUAACAUCGACGUUACACAGAAAUGUUUGAUCGCUGAGGUCUGGUGCCCCGUUUCUGACCUCGAUUCCAUUCAGUUCGCUCUGCGGAGGGGAACGGAACGGAGUGGGUCCACAGUUCCUUCCAUCUUAAACCGAAUGCAGACCAAACAGACUCCACCUACUUACAACAAAACCAACAAGUUCACCUCAGGGUUUCAAAACAUUGUCGAUGCUUAUGGCAUCGGAACCUACCGAGAGAUCAACCCAGCACCAUACACAAUCAUUACAUUCCCGUUCCUGUUUGCUGUCAUGUUUGGGGACAUGGGUCAUGGCGUGCUGAUGACAUGUGCGGCACUUUACCUUGUCAUCAGAGAGACCCGUCUGCUUGCUCAAAAGAGUGACAAUGAGAUGUUUAGCAUGAUAUUUGCAGGUCGUUACAUCAUUCUUCUGAUGGGGAUAUUCUCAGUGUACACCGGCUUGAUUUAUAAUGACUGCUUUUCCAAGUCCCUCAACAUGUUCGGCUCUGGCUGGAGUGUGCGGCCCAUGUUUAUCCCUAAGGGAAACUGGACACCUGAGACUCUGGAAGUUAACUCAGUUCUUCAGUUAAACCCUUCUGUUCCUGGCGUGUUUGGUGGCCCCUAUCCUCUGGGCAUUGACCCUAUCUGGAAUAUUGCCUCAAAUAAGCUGACGUUCCUGAACUCGUUUAAGAUGAAGAUGUCUGUAAUCCUGGGUGUCAUUCACAUGUUGUUUGGAGUCACCCUGUCUCUCUUCAAUCACCUGUACUUUAAGAAACCUCUGAACAUUUUCCUGGGUUUCAUCCCUGAGAUUGUGUUCAUGAGCAGUCUGUUCGGUUAUCUGGUCCUGCUCAUCUUCUACAAAUGGUUGGCUUACGAUGCAGCAACCUCUAAAGAUGCUCCCAGUCUACUGAUAGCUUUCAUCAAUAUGUGUCUUUUCAACUACAACGACCCCUCCAACAAACCCCUGUACAGAGGACAGGUGGGAAUUCAGUGUCUGUUGGUGGUGAUAGCUUUGGCGUGUGUGCCAUGUAUGCUGGUGGUGAAGACUAUGGUUCUGCGCCGUCAGUACCUGUGGAAGAAGCACCUGUCCCAGAUGAGGGAGGCAAGACCUGCAGAGAAUCUAGAAACUUUAGAGCAGACAGGCACCAGCUCACCCACCGGACUCACCCAACAGGGCACGCAGAAGUUCGGUGGCGUCCGGGUUGGAAACGGGCCUACGGAGGACGAGGCAGAGAUCAUUGACCACGACCAGCUCUCACAGCACUCAGAGGAAGGAGAUGAGCAUUCGGAGGAAGAACCGUUUAACUUUGGAGAUGUGGCCGUUCAUCAGGCUAUUCACACUAUAGAGUACUGCCUGGGCUGCAUCUCCAACACAGCCUCGUACCUGCGACUCUGGGCCCUUAGUUUGGCUCAUGCUCAGUUGUCUGAGGUUCUUUGGGGAAUGGUGAUGCGUCUUGGGCUGUCCUCUCGGAGUGGCGGUGGAUUCUUUGGCCUGUCGAUUAUUUUCUCUGCCUUUGCCACACUAACAGUUUGCAUCUUACUCAUCAUGGAGGGACUGUCUGCAUUCCUGCAUGCUCUGCGCUUGCAUUGGGUGGAGUUCCAGAACAAAUUCUACACAGGACAGGGCUUCAAGUUUGUCCCGUUUUCCUUCGAGAGUAUCCUGGAGGGUCGAUUUGAUGAAUGAGCUAACUCCAUCAAAUUUCAUCAAUUCCCACUUCUGCAUGGAUCCUGUCUCACCCUGUCCUCUUCAGGAGCAGUGCUAUCUGGUGAAGUGUUUGUAAGAUGUGACCCCUGAACUCUAAAUGCACAUUUUCCGAGGUGUUUGUGAGAUGUGGUGUCCUGUAAGCCUUUCUCUCAGAAUUUUUGCCCAACUUUCUGUAAACGGUCCCUCAAAAUAGUGUAUCAACUGUAAUGGAUGUAUUAUAGAUAGAUAUAAAUCAACCAACAUGUAAAAAGUCUUAUGCUCACACAGUGACCUAAUUGAAAAACUGUAACGAGUCCUGAUUGGAAAUCUAGAUUGAACAGCUUAAGGAAUUAUUUUGAAUCAUUUUAUAGACUGCACUCAGAAAGAGCCACGUCUAGAUAAUGAUAUAUUGUAGAGCAGAGCUGGAAUAAAACAUAUGUUCACUAUAGAAAUUUUUAUGACUUUUACAUGUUUAGAUAUAUCACAGCUGACCAUGAAAACCUGUAUUUACAUCUUAAACCAUCAGUAAGCCUAGCCUUUAUGGUUAAAUGGCAUGAUGGAUCAAUAGAUAAACACUAAUGAAUGUUGUGGUUUCCAUGCUGAUGUUAUUCUGCACCUGUUGUGUCUCUCCACAAACCAUUCUACUGUAUUUGUGUUGUUUUGAAGAGGCAGAUGAAAUAGAUGGUUUCAGGGAUAUCUCAACCUUGAGUCAAACUAGUUCUCAGUUGAUCCCACAUAAAAAAGCAACAUUUAACAGAGUAAAGGUUAACAUCCUGUUACUGAAUUAACAGCAAUGGAUAUACAUAUCACGAGGCAGCUAGUAACAAGGUGUCAGUGUUUGAUGGACAGCUUUGUCUUGCUCAAAAGUAAAUCAUAUCAAUGUGGAAAUAAAAUGUAAAAGAUUCAAUUAUUAUCUAUUUAUUUGUUGCAGUGUUUUAUUGUUUUGCUGUGGUGAUGUGUACUGUAAGUCCUUUACAUGCAGAAAAGAGUGUUUGUGCAUGAAUGAACAUUUCAGUAAGGCUUAUACAAUCAAAGAUGUUUGUUGUUCAUUGUGAAACCCUGUUCCUCCCAAAUUCGACAAUUAAAAAUCUGGGGACAAUAAA